GGGAAGGAGCUGCUGGCCAAUCAGGGGCGAGCCGACUGCACUCUGACCUGCUGGGCUGGGACAGCACAGAACCUACAGGGCCGCCGUUCACACUCUCCUGGUCAGAGUCCUGGGACCACAUGCGGAUGCUGCCGUGGCUUCUUGCCUUCUCCAUUCUGGGUCUCCAGGCUUGGGAUACUCCCACUGUCGUCUCCCGCAAGGAGUGGGGGGCAAGACCACUGGCCUGCAGGGCCCUGCUGACCCUGCCUGUGGCCUACAUCAUCACAGACCAGCUCCCAGGGAUGCAGUGCCAGGAGCAGAGCAUUUGCAACCAGAUGCUGCGGGGGUUGCAGUCCCAUUCCAUCUACACCAUAGGCUGGUGCGACGUGGCAUACAACUUCCUGGUUGGGGAUGAUGGCAGGGUGUAUGAAGGUGUUGGCUGGAACAUCCAAGGCUUGCACACCCAGGGCUACAACAACAUCUCCCUGGGCAUCGCCUUCUUUGGCAAUAAGAUAGGCAGCAGUCCCAGCCCUGCUGCCUUAUCAGCUGCAGAGGGUCUGAUCUCCUAUGCCAUCCAGAAAGGUCACCUUUCGCCCAAGUAUAUUCAGCCACUUCUUCUGAAAGAAGAGACUUGCCUGGACCCUCAACACCCAGUGAUGCCCAGGAAAGUUUGCCCCAACAUCAUCAAACGAUCUGUUUGGGAAGCCAGAGAGACACACUGCCCUAAAAUGAACCUCCCAGCCAAAUACGUCAUCAUCAUCCACACCGCUGGCACAAGCUGCACUGUAUCCACAGACUGCCAGACUGUCGUCCGAAACAUACAGUCCUUUCACAUGGACACACGGAACUUUUGUGACAUUGGAUAUCACUUCCUGGUGGGCCAGGAUGGUGGCGUGUAUGAAGGGGUUGGAUGGCACGUCCAAGGCUCUCACACUUAUGGAUUCAAUGAUAUUGCCCUAGGAAUUGCCUUCAUCGGCUACUUUGUAGAAAAGCCACCAAAUGCUGCAGCACUGGAGGCGGCCCAGGACCUGAUCCAGUGUGCCGUGGUUGAGGGGUACCUGACUCCAAACUACCUGCUGGUGGGCCACAGUGACGUGGUCAGCAUCCUGUCCCCUGGGCAGGCUUUGUACAACAUCAUCAGCACCUGGCCUCAUUUCAAGCACUGAAGGAGGCCCCACUCCCUCUGAGACUGCCCUCCCUCCCCUGCUGGGUCUCUCCAAUCCUCACCAGACACCCUGGCUCAGCACCUUGUGUCCCCCU